AUGAAACUAUUUACCGGUUGGUUCAUCCUGGCUAUACUCGGGCGGGACGCCUUGGGCGAGCCCAGGCCAGACUUUGGCAUCGAUGGGACGAUCGCUGGCAGUGUGCAAGCGAAAACGGUAGCGAACGAAGCGGGCGUAUCCUUCGAUCAGAUCGAUUUUAAGACAAUUACGCUGAAAUCACAGUACGUUGUGCUGAAAAACCUGAAGCAAGCCAUGAUGGGUAUCGGUACGGUCAUUGCCAGCACGGGCCAGCGGUUGACCGGUAAGCUGGAAACGCUCGCACCCAGCAUCAGCGGUCUGCCGCAGGUGUACGACGAUGUCAAUGGUGCGAUCGGAUCGCUCAGCGUGCUGCUCAAAACUGGCCUGACCACCCAAACGACAGCGAUACAGCAGAUGGUGGGCACGUACAUUACCGACAUGCUGACCGAUGCGUCGCGCCAGCUGCUAGCAACGCUCGACAGACUGUCCGCCCAGAUCGCACUGGUGCAGAAAGGCGUGAGCGACGCGGUGACUGCGUACGGUUCGUCCACCAUUCCGGAUCCGUACCUGCGCCGGUACGUGUCACCAAGGAUGGUCUACGAACUGUUGCGCAUUCUGCAAGAUCUGAAAACCGACCUACCGCUCGUGACGUUCAUUAUAGAGCUGACGCUCGGACACCUCAGUACGGCCGACGCCUUUCUGCUCGAGUUUAUGGCCAAUGUGGACCUGAAGGUGUUUGAUACGCUCAUGUACUACGACACCUUGAAGCAGGAGGUGCUAGAAAAUACGUAUCAGAUUUCGAAUGCGAUUGUAUCGCCGUUGGAACUUUCCUACGAAAAGCAGCUGUCCAAAUUUGCCUACAUCAAGACCGAUCUCGCCGCGAUGGAUUCGUACACGGAUUUCCUGAAGCCCGUCCUGGACGCGUACGAAGCAUUGCUGGGCGUAGCAAACCGUUUAACGAUACCGGACAAGGUGGAAACGAUCUACAAGACGUACCUAAAGGGUGUGGUAUCACUGGACGAUCAUCUGGAUAAAUUUUACAACGAGAAGCUCUGCACCCCGACCAAAGCGAUACUGCAGGUUUUGAUCGCGUCCGGACCGUGGGCUGACUAUUGCUUUAGCAAGUACUCACCGCGCCUGCUGGGGUUGGUGACGAUGAAUUCCGACCGCUUCCUGAUGUGCUACCAGAUCGAGGCGGAUCGAUUGUCCGGACUCGGUGAGCUGGUCGAUCGGUUCAUCGUGCAGAUAGUGUACGACAUCGAAGACUUGGCCACGCAUCUGGUGGAAUGCUUUAACCGCUUUGAAGAUGGUUCGGACUGUAUCGCCUCGAUUGGACCUUACUACUCCGAACUGGUGGCGAAUCUGAAGCUGAAGGUAGAUGAUGUGCUGCGGCUGCAGAGCGUACAGACGACAGCCAGCUACAAUCGGGCAGCGGCCUGUGUCGCUGCUGGGAAGUGUGGCUUCAUCGCGUCUACCGAGAGCUACGCGAAGGACAUCAAGCUGUGUGACGAUAAGGGACCGAAAGCUUAA